UCCCCCUGCGCUGGUGGGCGCUGGGUCCCCGCGGCCCCUCCGGGGAUUGGCCACCCGCGCGGGGGCCGGGGGAGGGGGCGGCUGGACCCCCGCAGACCCGGCAGAAGCCGACACGUCGGGGGACACAGGCCGAGCAGGAGCAGAAUAUGAGCUGAGGAAUGGGGCGGGGGGGCCCGGCGGCUGGGGCAUAGAGCCCCCCGGAGACAACACCUGCUCCCCGGAGGGGUCGCCCUGCGUCAGCUCAGCCAGCCAUUCCCGUGGCCUUGUGACUGCGCGGCUGAUUUUCCCUAGGGCCACAGAUAGGGAAGCGGGUCCGUGAGGGUGAGCUCGGUCCCAAGCUGAGCCGCGGGGUUUGUCACCCGUGUGCCCGGCGCUGGCUGGGCCUGGCACCCCCUAUCCUGACCGCUCGUCCUCCAGGGCUGUGUUCUGACGGCCUCCAUUUGAGAGCAGGAUCACCCAGGCGCAGAGAGGCCAAGGGUCUGAUCCCAGGUCACACAGCACAACAGGAAUGGCCAAACAGGAGGGGACCGGGGUGGGGGGGGGGGGGCUGUCUGGACGCAGCCAAAACACCUGGUCCUGGGAUGCAGUCCAGCCGGGGGAGUCGCAGCCCAGGGGACAUGCUGGCCUAGACGGGGACCAUGGAAAGUGGUAUAAUCAGACACCUAGGAAACGGAGCCGGGGGAGGGGGAGGCAGCCGCUGCAUGGGGCUGGGCGGACACAGCUGGGCCUAUCCUCAGUCCCUGGGGUGAAGGCAGUGACCCCAUGCUCCCCAGGGGCUGGAGCGAAGGCCCUGCCCCCCAGUUCUCUCCAGGGCUGGGAGGAAGGCGGUGUCCCCACUGCUCCCCCUGUGGUCACAGGGCAGGCAAAGAGGGCUUGCACUCUGUCACGCAAGGAAACGGAGGCCCAGAGACGCCAAGAGACCCGCUCAGGCCACCCAGCUUCUGAGUGGCGGAACCAGCCCCCCACACGGCUCUCCCACCUCCUGGCCCUCCGCGGUUCCACUGGCGCCCUUGAAAUUCGCCCUGACAGUCUGAGCACAUGCCCUACUGCCCUGCCAGGCCGUCCGGGGACACCCCACCCGGGACACACUCGUGUGAAUGGGGAAGGACGAGCAGCCGUCACCGGCGCCUUGGGCAGCCCCCGUCUGGAGAGGAAGAGCACAGGACGAGCAAGAGGCAAAGAAAAGCCCGGGAGAUGGACAGCCGGGUGUCAGGGCAGAGCCCCCCCUACUCCCCACUCUCCACCUGCAGGUGGGCCCCCCCCCCCCAGGCUUCUGCUCCCUCCAAGGAGGCAGCGUUGCCACGGCGACCACCAUCACCUGGCAACUGAGCCGCGUCCUCCCGGGCACCUGCCGUCUCUCCUCUGGCUCUGGGAAGGGACGUGUGUCCAGAAGCCCCCUUGUCUCAGAAAGCCCACCUGCGGGGACAAGACAGGGAGACUGGGGCGGGAGGGGACGGGCGGAGACCCAGCUGGGAGAAUCAGAGGUGGAACCCUCUCCUGCAAGGCUUUCAUUUUUGUCAAAAUUGGGAACAGCAGCUUUGAUUUAUGGGCUCAUGAACCGCCGGCGGGCGGCUGCCACCUGGAGCCUGGUGCCCGGGCUCCCGGCAUCGCGAAUGGGGCUGCGGCGCCCCCUGCUGGCCGCAGUGACCUUCACAAGGCAGCCCGGGCGGGAACCGGGGCGCAGCAGAGCCCCUCCGGCCCCGAAGGGCCCUACGCCCAGGCCCCGGUCCUGAGGAGCCCCCCGGGAUGGGUGGUCAGCCCUCCAGUCCCCGAGGCCGGAAGCGCGGCCGUGGGAUCUGUGGAGCUCGGCUGCCAUCUGGUGGCCGAUGGGGAGAAGGCGGCACACCAACCUGGGGAGGCCGAAGGGCGGGGCCCAGCAAUGUAG